AUGGCAGCCAACAAUUCAAAGUACUCCAGUACACGGUACCAUGAUCCUUCACAGCGCGAAUUUUUCAGCUUUGAGGAGGUCGUGCUGAAGGGGCUAGCAUCUGAUGGGGGGCUAUUCCACCCUCACGAAGUCCCAAACGUCGGAUCGAAGUAUUUGGAAUGGAGAGACCUGUCGUUUCCCGACCUGGCCUACCAGAUCAUCAGGCUGUACGUUGACGACCAUGAGAUCUCCAACGACGAGCUCAAGACAUUAGUCGAUCGCAGCUAUUCAACCUUUAGACACCCGGACACGGUGCCUUUGGUCACACUCGACGAGAGCAAAAACCUACAUCUGCUAGAACUCUUCCACGGGCCGACAUUUGCGUUCAAGGAUGUGGCCCUACAGUUCCUUGGGAACCUGUUCGAAUUCUUCCUGGUCCGCAAAAACCAGAACCUGAAGCCCGGCGAGCCCAGACAUCAUCUCACGGUCAUUGGAGCCACCUCUGGUGACACAGGGUCUGCAGCCAUCUACGGUCUGCGCGGGAAGAAGGACGUCAGCAUCUUCAUCAUGUUCCCCGAUGGCAAGGUAUCGCCGGUCCAGGAGGCGCAGAUGACGACAGUGCUGGACCCCAAUGUGCACUGCUUGAGCGUGCAGGGCACUUUUGAUGACUGCCAGGACUAUGUCAAGGCGUUGUUUGCAGACCCGGACAUGAACAAGAUUCACCAUCUAGCCGCAGUGAAUUCGAUAAACUGGGCCCGUAUUCUAGCUCAGAUCACCUAUUACUUCUAUGCCUACUUCCAACUCCUCAAGAAGAAUCCAGAGUUGACGAAGGCCAAGUUUGUUGUGCCAACUGGCAACUUUGGGGAUAUUCUGGCAGGGUACUAUGCGCUGCGCAUGGGUCUUCCGGUCGCCAAACUCAUCGUCGCAACGAACGAGAACGACAUUUUACAUCGCUUCUGGCAGACAGGGUCAUACUCGAAAAAGCCAAAGCCUGCAGGAGAGCCUCAUGGCGGCAUCAAGGAAGACGGCGCCCAGGCACACGAAGCCGGUGUCAAGGAAACAUACAGUCCUGCCAUGGACAUUCUGGUCUCAUCAAACUUCGAACGGCUUUUGUGGCAUUUGAGUUUGGAACACGAAUUGGAGGUGAACCCCGACGUCAAAUUCGAGGAGACGGUCAGAGUUGCAGGCGGCAAGAUCAAUGGAUGGUUCCAAGAGUUGAAGAACACCGGUUCCUUCACGGUAGAUGGACAGAUCUCAGACAAGGCACGAGCCAUCUUCAGUACUUACCGGGUCAGCAACCCUGAAACCCUGGAGGCGAUACGCGAGUGUUAUCGAGGAAAAGCCAUCUCGACGAAAGGAUACGUUCUGGACCCUCAUUCCGCUAUCGGUGUGGCUGCGAGUCUGCGUGAGAUCUCAGCGGCUGGCCAAACCGAUGUCCCGACGGUGUCCCUUGCAACGGCGCAUCCGGCCAAAUUCGCGGGGGCGGUAGAACUGGCCCUGCAGGAGGAAAAGUCCUUUGACUUCAGCUCGGUUUUGCCCGAACAGUUCGUUGGCCUAGGUGAGAAAGAACGAAAGGUGGUGCAAGUGUCCAGCAAAGAGGGAUUGCCUGGCAUUCGCCAGAUCAUUACCAGGGAGGUGCAACAGGAAAAGGAGGUUAGACAAAACGGGGUUUGA